CCGGAGGAGAAACAGCCUCUACCUAACCGGAGAGGAAGAGGAGGGAGGCGCGCAGGCCUUUGGAUCCAUCUCCCUGGGCCAUCUUUUUUCUUUUCAGUCCAUCUCCAGUCGCCACAAUGUAUCUUCAUGUUGAGUCUUAAUAAAUCACAGCACGCCACAUAGAGUUGCCCUGUUCCCAGUGGAGGAUAAUGGAACGGCUGUGGUUCUCUUUGCUGUUGCUGGCAGCAGCAUGCAGGGGACAGCCGUGUCCGAAACGCUGUAUGUGCCAGAGCCUUUCUCCAUCGCUUGCUAUCCUCUGCUCCAAGACGGGCUUGCUGUUUGUUCCUGCUGCCAUUGACCGACGCACCGUGGAGCUACGGCUUCAAGAGAACUUCAUAACAGCUGUCCGAAGAAAGGACUUUGCCAACAUGACCAGUCUGCUACAUCUGACCCUGUCCAGAAACACCAUCAGUCAGAUUCUCCCUUCAGCCUUCAGUGACCUGCGGCGACUCAGAGCACUCCACCUAGACUCUAACAGAUUAACAGUGAUCAAGGAUGACCAUUUUAAGGGCCUGACAAACCUUCGUCACCUAAUCCUUGCUAACAACCAGCUCCACUCCAUAUCCCCCCAUGCCUUUGAUGACUUCCUGUCCACAUUGGAGGAUCUCGACCUCAGCUACAACAACCUUGCCCAGGCGCCCUGGGACACGAUCGGGCGCCUAACCAACGUCAAUACCCUAAAUAUGGAUCAUAACCUCAUAGAAAAUGUUCCCCAGGGGGUAUUCACCAACCUACAUAAGCUGGCAAGGUUAGACAUGACGUCCAACAAGCUGAAGAAAAUUCCCCCGGACCCUUUGUUCCUGAGAAUCCCAGUUUAUGCCAAGUCCAGAGGCUCCCCCCUCUCCUCCCUGGUGUUAAGUUUUGGUGGCAACCCCCUUCACUGUAACUGUGAACUUCUGUGGUUAAGAAGACUGACCAGAGAAGAUGACCUCGAGACAUGCGCCUCUCCCCCUGACCUCAGUGCCAAGUACUUCUGGACGAUACCUGAAGAGGAGUUUAUUUGUGAUCCACCAGUUCUGACACGGAAGUCACCUCAUACAGUGGCAAUGGAAGGCCAGCCAGCCAGCCUCAAGUGCAAAGCGAAUGGCGACCCAGAGCCUGAAGUCCACUGGAUCAGCCCUGAAGGGCGACUUAUAUCUAAUGGCUCCAGAACAUUGGUCUUCCCCAAUGGAAGCCUGGAGAUCAAUGUAACAUCCCUGAAGGAUUCAGGUAACUUCACCUGCAUUGCCUCCAACGCAGCAGGUGAAUCCACAGGAAGGGUGGAGCUAGUCGUAACAGCGAUGCCCCAUCUGGCAAACAGCACAAGCCGCAGCCGAGACCCGUCCUCUGAACCUGCACCCUCUGACAUCCUAACCUCCUCUAAGGUCGCGCUGCCUAACAAUGAGACAAGAGGAGCAGACCGGAGGGUCUCAUUGGUGGAACUGACAGGGAACUCUGCCCUCAUUAGAUGGAGCAGUCAGACUCCUACAACUGGAGUCAGGAUGUUCCAGGUCCAGUACAACAGCUCCGGGGAUGACACGCUGGUUUACAGGAUGAUUCCAUCCACCAGCAAUGACUUCCUGGUUCGGGACCUCGCCGCUGGACGCAACUACGACCUUUGCGUCCUGGCUGUGUUUGAUGAUGUCAUCACAUCACUGACUGCAACCCGUCCUCUGGGCUGUCUGUCAUUCACCACAGACACAGAGUUCAGCCAGUGCCAAGCAUUGCACAGCCACUUCCUGGGUGGCACAAUGAUCAUCAUCAUUGGAGGGAUUAUUGUUGCAUCUGUGCUGGUUUUUAUUAUCAUCUUAAUGAUACGAUACAAGGUUUACAGCCACCAAGGGGCAGGCCACGGAAAAGCAGCCAUCGCGGCGACAGCGCCAAGACCACAGAGCAAUGGACAAGGAGGAGGCGGACAGGUCCAAGUUCUCCCUCGCUCUGCCUCAAAAAUGCCUGACAGUCAGGACGACCAAGCGCUGGCGCCGUCCAGGGCCAUGUCGCCUAGCAACACUCUGAGAGACACUGUGGCAUUGGUCGAGGAGGAGAGCAGUGGACGGAGCAUAAUGACAAGGACUGACUCCUUGGCCAAUGAGGAGUUGCUCUCGCCCACCAAGGCCCGCUUCUCCUCCAGGGUGGCCAUUGAGAUGAAAAGCAGACCACCAUCUGUCGCCAAAGAGCCCACCUCCCCCAAGGAACUGGCAGAACCCUGAUGAUGUUGUUCUGAGUGGAAGUCGUGGAGAACGUCACCACCAGGGGGAAGCUGGUGAAAACUGAAGAAAAACAAGGCCCUAUAGCUCCUCUCCCGUAUCUCCUGUUUACUGUACCCAUUACUUUGUUUCCAUGAGUAUCAUGGGGUAAUAGACCUGUACUGUCUGGUUUACUUUUAACUGCUAAUCUUGGUUCUCAUGUCUGGAUUGGAUGACCAU